GUUUUCGUUUGCGAGUUACAGAGUUUGGUUGUGCCAAACGCGGUGAUUAAAACUCAACUAAACAAAACUAUAUAUAUAUAAUAUAUAUAGUAUUAUAUAUAUAUAUUUAAAAAUAAUUAAAAAUUAAAUAAAUAAAAACAAUUUUUUUUAUUUAAAAACGUUAAACGUUUUUUACUGUGAAGAUGAAAGCUACAUUAGUGAUAGCUGCUUUAUGCAUAGCAGCGGCUUAUGCAGAGCCUGCAAUCAGCCAAGCCAGAACCACCACGACCACAUCAACUAAGCCCGGCAGAUUCUUAUCAUUGCCAGUACCAGCAAAAUGCGCAAACCGUCCAAAAGAAUUCUCAUACCGUGGAAGGAACAUGUUCUUGAGCACUCAUGUACCUGCUUUGGCAAAUAGAAAAGUUGAUUGGCUCGAUGGCCGUAACUUAUGCCGUGAAUAUUGUAUGGACUUGGUUGCUUUGGAAACACAAGAAAAAAAUAAUCUGAUCUUCCGUGUUAUUCAACAAAAUGAUGUACCAUACAUUUGGACUGCCGGCCGUAUUUGUGACUUCGCUGGCUGCGAGAACCGUCCCGAUUUGGAACCCAAAAACGUAUAUGGCUGGUUCUGGUCUGCAACUCGCGAGAAGAUCCAAGCCACUAACCGCAUUCCACAAGGCUGGGGUUACAAUCCAUGGUCUCAAACUGGUCACAAGAAACGCCCACAACCCGAUAACGCUGAAUAUGACAUCAAUCAAACCAAGGAACAAUGUUUGUCCGUAUUGAACAACGUAUACAAUGAUGGCAUUGCAUGGCACGAUGUUGCCUGCUAUCAUGAGAAGCCCGUCAUCUGUGAAGAUAACGAUGAACUGCUACGCUAUGUAGCCGCCACAAAUCCCGGCAUCCGUCUAUAAGCAGCAUGCAAAUUGUCUGUUUAAUUGUUUGGUUAAAAUUACUUUUAAAUUUUUUGUUGUAUUAUAUAAUUUUUUUUUAUUAUUUUUAUUAUUAAAAUAAAAAAAUAGACUUUAGAAUUUAUGAAUUUGCUUCUAUUAAGCUUUGUAUAAUACUGAAAUGUAUUUUCUUUAUAUAUACGUUUAUGUACUUUACCAUAUAUAUUUUUUCGAUUCUUAAUCUGUUUACUGCCAAUUUUGUUUGUUUGCAAAUUCGUUCAAGCUCAUUUUAAACAUUAUUUUUAACAAAAUAUUAUUUUAUAUUUCUUGUAAAAUAUUUAUUGUUUCCAUAAACUUAUUGUAUUUUAAUUGUUUGCAGUUAUAUUUCCAAAAAGAAUCCUUAAUUAAUUAUUUUUAAUAUUGUUUUGCAACUCAUACAAAUCUUUCGAACAAAAUAAAAAUGCGAUACAAAAUAUUAAAUAAAU